UGCGAAUCUUGUGGCGCGAUAUUAAUAAAAGCAGCGCUGCCGCUGGCUGCUGCUGCUGCUUCGUCGUGGAUCUUCUGACUGUUGCCUGGCUGCUGCCUGCAUUCGUGAUUUUGCCCCGUGGAGUUGCACAUUGUCGCUGUAUCUGUGGUCCUAAACGAGUUUAUUUAUCGCCAUGAAUGUGGAGAAGUUGAAGCGCCUGCAGUCCCAGGUGCGCAUCGGUGGCAAGGGCACACCGAGGCGCAAGAAGAAGGUCAUGCACCAGACGGCCGCAACCGAUGACAAGAAGCUGCAGAGCUCGCUGAAGAAGCUCUCGGUGAGCACCAUACCCGGUAUCGAGGAGGUCAACAUCAUCAAGGACGAUCUGACCGUGAUUCACUUCAAUAAUCCCAAGGCCCAGGCCUCACUCUCGGCCAACACGUUCGCCGUCACCGGCCAUGGCGAGACCAAGAAGGUUGUCGAAAUGCUGCCAGAUAUUCUGCCACAGCUCGGCCAGGAGACGGUCGUCCAACUGCGCAUGUAUGCCAAUGCCAUGUCGAAUAAUGCCAAGCCAGAGGCAGCAGCCACAGGUGAAGGCAAACCGAACACCGCUGAAGAUGAAGAUGAUGUGCCCUUGCUGGUGGAAGACUUUGAUGAGGUGGCCAAGCUAGAGGCCAGCAAGCAGGAGCAACAGCAGCAGCAGCAGGGCAAGAAGCCAGCACAGGAGAACAAACCAAAGGACAAGCAGGAGGGCAAGCAGCAGCAGCCGAAGAAGGAGGAUCGCAAGAAGCAACAGGAACAGAAACAACAGAAACCAGCGGAGGCGGCCAAGCCCAAGGAAAAGCAAGACAACAAGAAGGCAGCAGGCAAGGGACAGGCUCAAGCACAGCCGCAGGCACAGGCACAAGUGCAGCCAGAGGAAAAGGAUGCAAAGAAGAAUGAGCCACAGGCCAACAAGGAGAAACCCAACAAGAACAAAGCGGAGGCUAAGCAACAGACAGCCGCUGUACCACCGAAGGAUAAGCCUCAGUCUGUAGAGGUCGCAGCCGCAAAGCAGGAGCCCCCGAAGCCAGUAGUGGAGCAGAAAAAUGAGCAACCAAAGCCAAUCGAACAGAAGAUUGAACAGCCCAAGCAGAAGGAGCAAAAGGUAGAGCAGCCCAAGCAGAAGGAAGCAAAGAUUGAGCAGCCAAAGCAGCAGGAACCAAAGGUUGAGCAGCCAAAGAUAACAGAGCAAAAGGUGGAGCCGCCCAAGCCAACAGAGCAGAAAGUCGAAGCCAAGCCGGCAGCCGCAGCACCACCAUCAACGGCUCCUACAGGGGCAUGGGGCAAGGCACAGUCCCCAACCUCUGGUCAAACUUUGGCACAGAUUGUGGCCGCCGAGCCACCAAAGCAAACGUCGUCAGCAGUCGAAGCAGUCGCCGCUCCAAAGAUAGAAGAGAAGAAAGAGCCACAAAAGAUCGAGCCUGCAACCGCUCCCUUGCAGCAGGCAGUGCCCGUGCCAGUGCCAGUUAAAGUGGAGCCAAUUGUAGCUGCUGCGCCUGUCGCAACUCUGGAGAUCGAAAAGAAACCAGAGGCCAAGCAGCCCAGUCCUCAGAAGAGCGCACCCAAGACACCAGAAACUGCACCAAAGAGCGCACCCGAGCAAAAACAAAAGCAAGCCAGUCCACCAAAGGGCGCAACAGAGAAGCUGCCCAAGCAGGCAGCACAGCCACAGAAGCAAAAGACGCCGCCGCCAGCAAAACAAGUGACGCCACCCGCAGAAGCCAAGUCUGCCACGGAUGUGGUCAAGGCCAAGGCUGCCGAGCCACUGGCAGCUGCACCAGCAGCUACCGCCGCUGCACAACCCGUAGUGGCAGUAGAGAAGAAACCAGAGCCACCAAAGGAUGCACCAAAGGCAGCCUCGCCAAAGCAAAAGACACCGCCGCCAGCCAAGCAAGUGACACCACCCGCUGAGCCGAAGGCCCCAGCUGCUGCACCACAAGCUGCAGUGGCUGAACCUGCACCAAUUCCUGCAGCUGCCGCUCCACCAGCUCCUAUAGCUGCACCUGCACCGGCUCCUGUGGCUGUUCCUGCAGCUGUUCCUGCAGCAGCUCCUGCCGUGGCUCCUCCAACACCAGAGGCGCCCUCGCCUAUGGUUCCAGCUACACCACCAUCAACCCCCUCUUCAGCUCCAGCAUCCGCAGCAGCUGUUACUCCUCCAUCGCCGGCCUCCACAGUCACGCCACCGUCGCCUGUCGCAGCUACGGCCCCACCAUCGCCGGUGGCAGCGACUCCUCCUCAGAAGCAGCAAGCAGCAGCCGCAGACAACCACAAACCGUUCCAUCAAACUAAAUGUCUUCUUCAAUUUGGCAAGCCGUGUAAUAUUUUGUUAUAGCUUCCACUUCUCUGAUCCGAUCCGUACUUCCUGCGACAUUUCUAUAAAAGACGAUUUUGCUAUAAAUAUUGAUUUAGUAAUGUUCCUUCGCAAGGCACAACCACCUUAUUAAGUUCGUUUAGGUUUACGAAAUAUGUAGAGAAUUUAACUUACCUUUUUUCAAACUUUUUCUACCAGAAUCAAACGUUAAUCUAGAAUUUAUUUAUUUAUGUACCUUUUGUAAAGGAACACGAACAAAUAAGAAUGAACACUUGAAAUAUAUAUUCAAAUUUUUGUGACCCAAUGAA